GUUUUCCAGUCACCUCUAAAAUGGGGGGAACAAGUGAUCAAUGGCCUCUUUCGCCUUUUACACAUUCGGAAGGAGACAGUGUCUCACAAUGGAGACCAAGGACCCUGGUGCAAAAGAAGACCUUGAAUGAGCGCUACCUAGGCAGGAGGGGGGAUCUGCAUCUUGCAGGACGGCCUGCUUGCCCAAGAGGACAGAGAAGCUGAUCAGGGUCAUUGGUGCAGGUAGCCUUGAAGACCCAGUUAAAGACAUGUGUUGAGCUCUUGCCUGAUGCUAAGCAGCAAAAACAGCACCAUCCUGGACCGGGGAUGUAGCUCAGUGGCACGGUGCCUGCUUCGCAAGUGCAAGGUCGUAAGUUCGAUCCCCGGUACCAAAAAAAAAGAACAAAAACAACCAAGAGCACCAUCCUUACCUUUAUAGCUUACCGUGUGUGACCAGGCAGUGGUGACACAGUGGGAUCGCGGUGUGGUGGGGGACACAGAGGGGAAAGGGCAAUGAGGGAGCUCGGAGGUGGGUCCUGACCCAGCUGGGGAUCCAGCAAGGCCUCUUGGAAGAGGGGAUGUGGCCCACAGGGCUGAGAUGGUAGGAGUUGGAUGGAAGAAGGAGCAGAUUCCAGAUGACAAGAGGGGCAGAAAAAGCAUUCCUGGGAGAGGACACCGCAAAGGGAAGGCUGGGGGUCCAGGAGAGCGCAUUCUAGAAGCUGAAAUCAGCCCAGUGAUGACGGCAGGGAAGAGCCUGUGUGUCUUUCCACCAGAACCCCGAAGGCCGACAGCAGUCCAGCUGCCAGCUGUCUCCUCCCUCGCUGUCCCCCAGCCCCCUGGGUGAUCGGGUGUCACAGCCGAGCACUGGGAGGUGCUGGUGUGAGCUGUGGCCCAGCUGGGAGUGGGUAACCAGAGCCACUGUGGGCUGGGCACAGGUCCUGGGCACUGGAGCUGCAGGAGGUAGGAGAGGGAGAGCGUGUGGGUCCCGGGUGGAGGCUCCCCGUGGGCCAGGAGCCCGCGUGCGUGGAGAGAGGAGCGGCGGGCGCCAGAUCCCGACCCGGCUCACGCACACACACACAUUCACGCACCCUGCAUGCUCCUCAACCUUGGGUGACUGCGGGAUGUGUCUGUCCCCCACCGUGCCUCAGCGCCCCACCGGCCAUCAGGCCUGUGCAGUCACGGGCACCUCUCCCAGGUGCAGCCCCCUCCCCAGCCCGCGGUCCCCUCCUGCCCCGCACCCGAGGGCUGCUCUGUGGGCAUCUUGUCACACCUGCUUCGGAUGUGAUUGAGUGAUCCUUAGUCAGGGGCAGGGGCAAAAGGGUCAGUGCCUGGUGAGUGAAUGAUGGUUUGGCUGGUGACUGUUGUGUGGGCAGUGGACUGGUGGAUAACAGAAGGAGGAGUCUGGGUGAGUGGGUGGGCGGGUGGAUGGAUGGAGAAGUGGAUGGAUGAAUGGGGUGACUGGUGCAAAGUAGAUGCGUGGGUGGAUGGGUGGGCAGCUUGAUGGGUGUUAGACUGAUGAGUGGGGAGAUGGGCAGGUGCGGUUGAAGGUGCUGAAGAACCAUCCUCUGGUGGCGCAGUUGGUGGGCAGUGGCCGGUGGCUGGACAUCCGGCUGACCAGGUGGGAGAAGGGGUGUCCAGGUGAGCAGUGGGUGGCAGGAGGAGUUGGGGAAUCCCCUGGCAGGAGGGGCCGGGGGAAUCUGUCCACCGCAGCCCCUGCUGGGAGGCAGAUGAGGACUUCAGAGAGGCCUCUCCAACCCUGAUCGUUGAAGCAAAGUUGAUCAGAGGAUGGGAGUUUGGAACUGGGUUGUAGGGAAUGAAUAGGAGUUCACCAGAGAAAAAGAUAAAAGGCCUUCUUGGCAGAAAUAACUCUGCCAUAAAACCUUUCCUCCUAGGUGAAGAAAGUGAGACUCAGAGAAGGCAAGCAGCUUGGGGGACACACAGCAGGGUGCCUUUGGCCACGGAGCAGUCAGUGUCCCGUCCCAGGGAGGAGGUGCUGGUGCUUGUGAUGGGAGCAGGAGUGCCUAGUGCCCCUCAGGGCUGCAUCCCUCACGGCGCUCCGCCCCUUCCUUCCCCAGGUGGCCAGGCGCUGGCUAUGAAGACUCUCCGGGCCCGUUUUAAGAAGCCGGAGCUGCGGCUCAGCUCCGCCGAUCUCAGCUCCUGCCCGCCCUGCGGCCCUUGCCCCAUCCCGAAGCCGGCAGCCAGAGCCAGGGGCCAGGGCCAAGACUGGAGCAAAAGUGACGAGCGGCUGCUGCAGGCUGUGGAGAACAACGACUCGGCCCGGGUCGCGGUGCUCAUCUCCCGCAAGGGGCUGGUGCCCACCAAGCUGGACCCCGAGGGCAAGUCCGCGUUCCACCUGGCCGCCAUGCGGGGCGCGGCUAGCUGUCUGGAGGUGAUGCUGGCACAGGGCGCCAAUGUCAUGAGCACAGACGGGGCAGGUUACAUUGCUCUCCACCUUGCUGCCAAGUAUGGGCACCCACAGUGUCUGAAGCAACUGCUACAGGCCUCCUGCGUGGUGGAUAUGGAGGACAGCAGUGGGUGGACAGCUCUGCACCAUGCAGCGGCUGGUGGUUGUCUCUCCUGCUCUGAGCUGCUGUGCUCCUUCAAGGCACAUCUGAACCCCCGAGAUCGGUCGGGCGCCACGCCCCUCAUCCUAGCAGCUCAGAUGGGUCACACAGACCUGUGCCGCCUCCUCCUACAGCAGGGGGCCGCUGCAAAUGAUCAGGACCUGCAGGGCAGGACAGCCCUGAUGCUGGCCUGUGAGGGGGCCAGCCCCGAAACAGUGGAGGUGCUACUGCAGGGCGGGGCCCAGCUGGGCAUCACUGACGCGCUGGGCCAGGACGCGGCUCACUACGGAGCCCUGGCGGGGGACAAACUCAUCCUGCACCUCCUGCAGGAGGCAGCCCGGCGCCCCUCCCCACCCAGCGAAGAGGACUCGGGCGAAGCUUCGUCUCAGAACUCUGUGUCCAGCCAUGAAAAGCGAGAGGGUCCCAAGAAGCGGAAGGCGCCCCAGCCUCCAGCCCACAUCCCUAUGCCGGACGAUCGAGAAGCCUACGAGGAGAUCGUGCGGCUGCGGCAGGAGAAGGGCCGUCUCCUGCAGAAGAUCCGGGGCCUGGAACAGCACAAAGAACGAAGGAAGCAUGAGACGACACCUCGGCAGGUGAGGUUAGGAGGCCCCAUCCCUGGUCCGACCCUGUGGACCCCUCUGCAUCAGCCGCAGGAGGCGGAGGCCAGCUCGGUGCACAGCCUGGAGAGACAGGUUCAGGAGCUGCAGCAGCUGCUGGCAGAGAAGGAGGAAGAGAAGGAGAGCCUAGGACGGGAGGUGGAAAGUUUGCAAAGCCGACUGUCCCUGCUGGAGAGUGAGCGGGAGAACACCAGCUAUGAUGUGGUCACCCUGCAGGAUGAGGAGGGCGACCUGCCUGAUUUUCCAGGGGCCGAGACACCCCUGUCCAGGCAGCUCAGCCCCUCAGCCCAGGAGCACUUGGCUUUGCUGCAGGAGCAAGUCGCUGCACUCACCAGGCAGAACCAGGAGCUGCUGGAGAAGCUCCAGAUCCUGGAGAACUUCGAGAAGGAUGACACGCAGGUGGCAGGGGAUGGCCUGUCGGAGGUCGUGCCUCUGGUCCUCUAUGACUCUCUCCGGGCUGAGUUUGACCAGCUCCGGAGGCAGCACGCUGAGGCCCUGAGGGCACUGGAGCAGCAAGAGGCAAGGGAGGUCCCCAGACGGGAAGAGGACAAAGACAUGGGGGCCUCGGCAACCCCAAACAGGCCACCAAACCCGAAGCUAAAUUUCACCAUGGUUCCAGAAACCAGGAUUAAUGGAGCUGAGAGGGCAGAUGACGCUGCAGGCGGGGACGCAGCACCUGCAGAACACGAGGUCACAGGGACUGAGGGUGCAGGAGCAGAGGCUGAGGGAAACAAAGGGACUGAGGCCAAAGAAAUGGAGGCUGGAGAGGAAGGAGAAAAUAUGGAAACUGACACCACAGGAGGUGCAGCUAUGGCCUCAGAGGCCACAGGAUCAGAAGUCACAAGGAUGGAACCAGAAACGAAGACCAAUGCAGCUGGUGCCAGGGAAGCCAAGCUCACUCCAAACAUGGAGGCCACGGGAUCUAAGGCCACAGCCCCAAGGGUCCCUGCUGGGCCCAUCCUGCACCCUGGGGCUGCGGAGGCCUCUGAGAAGCUGCAGUCGGAGCUGGAGACCAGGAUCCGCAGUUUGGAGGAGGUGCUCCGGCAGCGGGAGAGGGAGGCCGCUGCUGAGCUGGAGGCCGCCCGGGGCAAGUGGGAGGCUGCGGAGGCUGAGGCAGGCAGGCUUCGGGAGCGGGUGCGUGAGGCCCAGGGAGUUGGGGCCAGGGGAGUCAGCAAUGGCGGCAGUGGCAGUGGCGACACAGUUCAGCUGCGGGCAGCCCUGGAGCAAGCCCGAGAAGACCUUCGAGAGCGGGACUCCCGUCUGCAGGAGCUAGAGGCGGCUGCAGCCUGGCUGGACGAGGCCCGGGCUGGGCAGCUGCUGGCUGAGGAGGAAGCCCGGGGUCUGCGGGCAGAGCUGGCCCGGCGGGAGGAGGCGCGGCUGGAGCAGAGCCGGGAGCUGGAGGCGCUCCGGGAGCAGCUGGCCACGGCCACGACCACCAGGGAGCAGCACCGGGUAGUGGCUGCAGAGCUGAGCCAAGCGCGGGAUGCGGCGGAGGCCAGGGCCACCCAGCUAGCUACAGCCUGUGAGGAGGCACGGCGGGGCCUGGCAGAGCUACGCGAGGCCUCAGAGGCCCUGCGUCAGUCCUCGGUGCCCGUGUCCGAGCAUCACAGGCUGCAGGAAGAGGCCCUGGAGCUGAGGGCCCAGGCGGCCAGUCUGGAGCAGGAGGUGGUGGCUACGGGCAAGGAGGCUGCUCGGCUGAGGGCAGAGCUGGAACAGGAGCGUGUGGGCAGCGUGGCACUCUCAGAGCAUGAACGGGUGGUGGGUGCGCUUCGGGCCAACGUGGCCCGGCUGGAGGGGCAGUUGGAGGAGCUGGCCCGCCGGCACGAGAAGACCAGCGCCGAGGUCUUCCAGGUGCAGCGGGAGGCUCUGUUCAUGAAGAGUGAACGGCAUGCGGCUGAAGCCCAGCUGGCCACGGCUGAGCAGCAGCUACGGGGACUCCGUACCGAGGCGGAAAGGGCACGCCAGGCCCAGAGCCUUGCCCAGGAAGCCCUGGACAAAGCCAAGGAGAAGGAGAAGAAGAUCACAGAACUGUCCAAAGAGGUCUUCAGCCUGAAGGAGGCCUUAAAAGAGCAGCGGGCAGCCGGGGCCAGCCCUGAGGUGGAGGCCCUCCGUGACCAGGUGAAGGCUAUGCAGCGACAGAUGGAGGACGCCACCAGGGACCACUGUGCUGUGGUGGCUUUGUACAGGACCCACCUGCUCUAUGCCAUCCAGGGUCAGAUGGAUGAGGAUGUGCAGCGGAUUCUCACCCAGAUCUUGCAGAUGCAGCGGCUGCAGGCUCAGGGCCGCUGAGGACCAGUUUCUCCGGGCCCCACGGGGCCUGUGGGCAUUUGGGGACCAGCCUGGGCUCCUCCCUAGUUGGCAGCAUCUCCACUUGUGGCCCCCACACAGACUGAUCAGGCUGGCACCCCUGCCUCCCCACCGGACAAUCUGUGAGUCCCUAGCUCCUGCCCAUGUACUAAGCCAGGAAUAAAACCGUACUGUGCACAGCACAAGGGUGUGUGUGGCCUGAUGCUGGCUACCUCAGCAGGGAAGGGAUGGGGUGACUCUCAACAGGAAGCCCUCACCUCCUGGGGCCAAAACUCAGUUAUUGGAAUCAAUACUUUUUUU